AUGAGGGAGAGCCUGACUUUGGACACGCCGGACAGCGUGAAGGACAAGCAGCUGAAGGCCUGGGAGUGGCGCUGCAAGCUCUAUCAGCGCAUGAAGACAGGCUUCGAGCACUCGCGCCCUCCAGAGGCACCGUCCACAGUGCGCCUGAGUGUGACAAGCAACACGUCGCUCACCGUCACGUUUCAGGAGCCGACCAGUGUCAACUCCGCCGUAGUCACCAAAUACAGAGUGGAGUGGAGUUGUCUGAAGGAUUUCUCUCUGCUAGCGGGGGAGAUGCUGUUGGAGAACCUGCAGACCCUGAAAUGCACCAUCAGUGGCCUCACCACAGGAAGGCUGUACUAUGUCCAGGUGUCAGCCUACAACAUGAAGGGCUGGGGACCCCCACAGCAGUCUCUACCACCAUCAGCAGCUCCCUCCAACUGGAAGGAUGUUGAUGGACGAGAGCUGAGGAGACGUGGCCACAUAGAGGCCAUGGAGCGCCUUCUCCAGCAGGUCCGAGCCACACACCAGCACUACAGCUGCCCAGACCCAUCUAAGCUCCUGAACCCGAGCCGUAAGCAGUCCGUCUCCAGGAGUCUGAAGCAUCUCUUCGCCUCCUCCUCCAAGUUCGUCAAGACCCUCAAGAGACAGAGCAUGGCUGUUUCCAGCUCCUCCUCUUCCACCCUGCAGGCCCGGCAGAAGAUGCUGGCUGCUGUCGGACAGCUCCAGAACCUUCUGGGCACCCACAACCUGGGCCGGGUGCACUACGAGCCCAUUAAGGAUCGCCAUGGCAACGUGCUCCUGGUGACGGUGCGGGAGACGGAGAGUCACUUCUCCUUCUUUAACGGCAAGUGGCUACAGGUGUCCAAACUGCAGAGCCAACGCAAGUCCCUGUCCACCCCAGAGGAGCCCUACGCACUGGAUAUACUACUCAUAACACUACAGGACAUCCUGGCCUACCAGCGGCGUAGCCUGCACCGCUUGUCUCCAGGGCUCUACCUGGGCUACCUGAAGCUGAGCAGCUCAGUGGACCAGAUCAAAGUGCUGGUCCCGCAGAGGACGCCCAACAUGCUGUGUCACACACGCAUACGAGACAACGGCAAUGUCUCCAGAGAGGAGUGGGAGUGGUUGCAGACUCUCUCGGGGGCGGAGGUGUCAGAGAGGUCAGACGCGGUGGGCGACGCUUCCCAUCCCCCCUUCCUGCACCACGAGCUGCAGGCCGCUAUCAAGAGCCUGCUCAGGCAGAUCAACCUACCUGUGCCGCAGGCCCAGCACUUCCGUGUGUAUAGUCAGGAGGUCCUGGAGUUGGGUCACGGAGUGUGUUUCCUGCUGCUGCUGCCCAGUAGUGAAGCGGUCUGCUCAGCACCCGGACAGACCAACCCAUACACACCACUCGCUGGCUUCCUCAACCUGCCGCUCCAAAUGUUUGAGCUGGGUUAG